AGUUAGAUACAUUUUUUUUAAAUAAUAAGGCAGUAAAAUACUACAACUACAGUAUAAUUAUUUUUUAUGUAUUAGUUUUUUAAAAUAAGAUAUUAAUUAAAUAAUUGAAUGGGUUUAUUAUCCAAAAAUGACCAUCCGUGUACUACCAUGUAGUCUUUCACGUACCGCAGUUUGAGAACCGCUGGUAUAGAUAAUAAUUACCUAGGUAUGUAAAAAAUGAUAUUGUGUAGUAAUACAAAAAGUGUAAAAUAAAUAUUUUUUGAAUUAGGUAAGUACCUACAGCAAAAUAACUAAAAUAGUUUUUUUUAUUAAUUUCUAAUUUUAUUACAUUUUGACUGUUUUAAAUAUUUUUAAUUACUAAAAGAACAAAUUAUUGUAAUGCAUUCUCAAGCUUUAUGACUAAAAAAACAAAAUUUUAUCAAUAUAAAUUGAAAAAAUCAAUUGUCUUUAAAUACCUAGGUAGCUCAUAAGGGUCAAACGUCAGACAUUUUUGAAAAUUUCAAAUGAAUGAUUAUAGUGAUCAAAUAGUAAUUUAAAAAUGUAUUCGACGAUUAUUCCUUUAAAAAUACAAAAAAUUGUAUAUUUGUACCUAAUGUGAUUCUACCGAAAACUGGUGGUAUUAUCUUAAUACCAAUUUCUUUUCUUAUUUUCUCAACUAUUAAAAAAACUUAAAAGUACAAUAUUUUCCUAUUAUUGACUCCUCAUUCUUAAAACCACUGACAACUUCAAAUUUGCUACUAAAAAAUAUUUUGAAGAUCGGACCAGAUUCGAAAUGUGAUGACACAGGGUAAUCACCCUCUAGACUACUCGAUCAUUUCGAACCAUCACUCCUAAAGUCAUCAGACAUUUCAUCAUCAACACUCUGUUUUAAUAGGUUUUUAAAUCUUUCUAUAGAAAGAGAGGCAAGUGAAUUCCUAAUUUUCAGGCAACCCGUUCGUUUACAACCGAAUUGUUUUCUGUUCUCGCUUUAUAACAGCCUGUCCGGCCGUGUUGCGCAUCUCCCGCAGGAACGCUGUACGCUGUAGCCCGAUGUCCUGUUACAAAUCAGUGCUGUAGACCUGAAAUCUUACUACCAUAGUCACUAGUCGUUCCCGUCGUAAACGCCAUUUCACAUUACCCUACACAUGAUUACAUAACGAGCCCUGACACACUCGUUGAAACGUUAUAACACUUAUAACAUAGCAACUAUUAUAUUAUACAACAGUAAACACGCGGCUGAUGUAAGUACUAAGUAGCUGUACUAUAAUAUUGUUGAACCAAACAAUUUUCGCGGACACGGAAAAGUACCUUAUUUUAUUUAGAUACGUGUGGUACCAUGGAGUUCAAUAGCUUGACCAAUAUUGAGGUGCUGAAGAUCGACAAUACGCUGACGGCUAUGGGAUAUGAGAAUAACGUUGAUUUAAGAAACAAAAUGGGAUGGAUGAUUGACGAGAUGGGCAAAGUAUCAGCAAUGGCACAAGACUUAAGGUCGCCGAUUACCAGCGCAGAAAUGCUCAUCAAUUCUGAUCACGUCCUCUAUAUGAUGAUCGAACACAAUACUUCUGCGCAUUUUGUUGUUGUUGGAAUUUUAAUGACGGGAUGGAAAAAAUUAUGUCUCUACAACAAAGCUGUAGGAUCCUGUAAAGAAACCAUGGUUUACUGUUUGAUGGAUUUCUACAUCCACGAAUCCAGACAGUUCAAAGGUUAUGGAAAAUACCUUAUCGAUUACAUGCUGAAGGAUAUGCAUUUAUGUGCCAAAAAUUUGGCUAUUGAAAAACCGACUAAAAACCUAUUGCAGUUUAUGUGGAAACAUUUUCAAUUAUCUAAACUUGUAAACCAGGGAAACAAUUUCAUAAUCUAUGAAGAGUUUUUUGACGAUGCAUUCAACGAAAGGAGUUAUAACAAUAGUGUAAAUAGAAUAUCAACAUCCGCUUGUACGUGUCAAUCGAUGCUAGGACAACAUGAAACACCAACAUAUCAUGAAACAAUGGGCGAAACUGUACAAGAAAAUGCUGUAUUUUUGGGGUCAAAUUACAACCCAGGGAUCAAUUUUGUUGAAAAUCAGUUUAAAGAAGUAAAUGCAUUUCAAAAGGCACAGCAAGAUAGAAAUUCUGCGAAACAAGAUCAUAUAUUCCACCAGAAUUAUCCAAUAUAGAAUAUGCUAAAUGAUAAUUCAACGUAAUAAUAUUUGCUAGGUAUAUAUUUUUUUCCUCAAUAAAAUAAAAUAUUAAAAUUUAACAUUAUACAAUUAUUACUAUCUUAUGUUAAUGUUUAUAAAUAAUAAAUAUAAAGUAUAAAUCAUGGUAUACUAAUUUUUCAAACG